AUGGCCAUGAGGAGCGUGCUCUUGGUCCUUGUGGUCCUUGUCUUGCUCUCCUAUGUUCCACCAGUUAGAAGUGGACCCAAUGUAUACUUAAGACGUGCUUUUGCUUCAUGUUGGCGAUUGAAAGGUUCUUGCAAGACAAAGUGUGGAACAAAAGAGCUGUAUCAUAUUAUGUGUGAUACCAGAACUUUGUGCUGUAUAAAUAAAAAGGAUUUGCCGAUAUUGGUUGGGAAAUAG